AGUGGUGGCGGCUCGAAUGCUGGAGGUGGUGGCGGCGGCGGUUCGGGAGGUGGUAAAUAUAAUUUUAGUGCUGUAGAUUUGGCCAUUUCUAGUGUACCCUCCAAUACUCCUUCACCAGCUCCUUCCGAUGGCAGUAACUCUUCUUCGCAUCGACGUCCUUCGAAUACGCCUCCCGUGGAUUUGACCCGUCUGUAUGGUGAGUUGGCACCACCCGGUUCCCUGGCCGCUCUCAGUGUUGGUCUGGCCAAUGCCGGCUUAGCCAAUGCUGCCACCAAAAAACGCAUGGAAUUUUCCUCAAUUGCCGACUUGGCUGCUCCACCACCAGCUAAAAUACCCAAGACGGGUGAUGAUGUUUUGAAUCUCUCAAAUGAAUAAAUCAAGAAUCGAAGAAGACUCAACAUUCAAUCAUAUUUUAAGACUCACACACACACAUCAU